AUGAAGAUUUUCUUCACCCACAACCCCUGGCCUCGUGGGCUCAGGAGGAGACUUUUCCGCCGAAAAGAAAAACACAAAGUGGAGCCUGCUCCACCCCGCAAAUCCAUCGAAAAGGCCUUUUAUCAGCCGUUGUCGUCGGAACCCCCGUCGUAUCAAGAAUGUGUGAGUUUGCCGCCUUUGCCCCAUGUUGUUUUUGCCGCCAAAUCAGCGCAAGCGACCGAGGUCCCUGGCGGCGCUAAAGGGGCUGCAAAAAGUCUAAGCAGAUAUAGGGGCGACAGCACGGGUGCAAAGAGCGGCACGGCGCGGGUGCCCGAAAAGAGCAGCACGGCGAGCAGCUGGGGCCACGAGACAAGUGUGGCAGACGCAAACGCAAACGCUUAUGGAGCGAAAGGAGCCCCUAUUGUUAGUGGGGUGGCGUCCAAUGCGACAGACGCUCCGAGGGCAUGUGUAACCAGCGCGACAUGUGCGACAUUAGCCCCAAGUGCCACUAUGGGCGCUACAAGUGCUGUAUCACGCGCGACAUGUGAUACAACCAGAGAUGCAUCUAGCGCGACGUUUGCAACCGGCACUUCCCCAAUGACAAUGGCCAAUGUCGCUGCUCUCAAACCAAACGCUAGCCUAUCGGCAUUGCUGGAAACUGCCGUUGCACAAAAAUGGCUUCCGCAAGCGCCGCAUCGCGGCAGGCCGCGUGCGAUGCGGUUCCGUUCCCAACUCACAGAAGCCAUGGCUCGUCAGGCCCGCCGCCAGCUGUCGCCGCCGCGUCCUUCUCCGUUGCGCAAGUUGUCUGUUGGAUGCAUCGAUCUUGCUGCAGUGGUUACUUGUGAACAAAAGAGCCGUCUCUGGACACACUACUUUGUUUGUCUAGAGUGUGCCAUUGUCUACAUUGUGCUUUUCACGUUUGUGGUUGCGCUAGCCGUGUAG